UUUUCUUUUCACCGUAAGACAAAAAAGACUCUUUUUUCUUUUCAUGUUUGGAGAUCAGUCAAUUGUAAUCUUCUAGGACUUGUAAUCUUUUUUCAUGUAAUAAAAGGCAGAACACUUUCUGGGUUCUUUCACUUUACAUCACAAAAAUGAAACAGUAAACUGUCUCUGAGUCAGCGACUACAAAUUCCAGAAAACUGCCUCAGUCCUCCUCUUAGUUCAUUUUAUUCAGAAACAAAUUCUGUCGAGAGAAAUAAGCAAAAGGGAUGCUGCACCUUCCCUUGUAUAGCCCAGGGCCAUGUUUUUUAACACCAAAGCGAAGAUUGACCAAGAUUUCUCGAUUAAGGAGGUGCAACCUUCCUUCAGCUUUUUGCCCAGGUUACUUGCUAUUAAGUGAAGACGGGAAAUGGAAGAUCAGUUGCCAUAUGAAACAUAGGGAGUUGGAUCCUUCAGUAAAUAUAACUGAUUUGAAUAAAGUUAGUGAUAGAUUCUCAAAGACGGAAAUCCAAAGUAUUUUUCAGGUGCAUGUUCCGCGGUUUCCUAGAGCUUUAAAACUGUCAAAACACAAUCUUUUUGUCUUUCAGCUUGUGCAGGGUAAACAUGCUAAGCUUAUUUUAGCAUUCAUGACAUCUUUUUCCCUAGCUAGACUGGUAGAGUUCUUGUCCAACAGUGUAAAGCUGAAUGCGAUACAACAGUUAUUCUUCUAUAUGAUUUGUACAUAUCCGGUUAAGAGUUCACCUUUUGCUUGUAUGUCAAAUUCCAUGAGUAAACCAACUCCUCUUCAAUUGGACGUUUCUUUGCCUCCAUUUCGAGAUAUCAAAUGGAAUUUGUCAAGGUUGAUAUAUUUAUUCAACAUGCAACUUGAGAGAAAUGUUGCGACAUUUUUCGUCGUGCUCCUUAUAUCUUGCAUCUCAUUUGUCAUCAUUGGUGGUUUGCUCUUCUAUAACUCAAGGGGCAGCAAACAAUCUCUUGAGGAAUGCUUUUGGGAGGCCUGGGCAUGCCUUUGUUCAUCAUCAACACAUCUUAAACAAAGAACACGAAUAGAACGUAUCAUCGGCUUUGUUCUCGCUAUUUGGGGCAUACUGUUCUAUUCUCGCUUAUUAAGCACAAUGACAGAGCAAUUUAGGGGUAAGAUGCAAACAUUAAGAGAGGGGGCACAAAUGCAAGUUUUAGAGACUGAUCAUAUAAUUAUAUGCGGCAUUAAUAGUCAUCUCACCUUUAUACUAAAGCAACUAAACAAAUACCAUGAGUUUGCUGUUCGCUUAGGUACUGCAAAUGCCAGGAGGCAGAGAAUUCUUCUUUUAUCUGAUCUCCCAAGGAAGCAAAUAGAUAAAAUAGCUGAUAACAUUGCCAAAGAUCUCAAUCACAUAGAUGUCCUAUCAAAGAGUUGCAGUCUAAGUUUGACAAAAUCAUUUGAAAGAGCUGCAGCCAACAAAGCACGGGCCAUCAUCAUAUUGCCAACAAAGGGCGAUAGAUAUGAAGUUGAUACAGAUGCAUUUCUUUCUGUACUUGCACUUCAACCCCUUCAAGAAAUGGCCUCUGUUCCCACAAUAGUUGAGGUUUCAAGUUCCAACACGUGUGAACUUUUGAAAUCAAUCUCAGGAUUGAAAGUGGAGCCUGUAGAAAAUGUUGCAUCCAAAUUAUUUGUUCAGUGCUCUCGGCAGAAAGGACUCAUUAAGAUAUACAGACACCUUCUUAAUUACCGAAAAAAUGUGUUUAACCUUCACUGUUUACCAGAUCUAGUGGGACUAAAGUAUAGGCAAUUAAGAUGUGGAUUCCAGGAGGCUGUUGUCUGUGGUAUUUAUCGAAAUGGGAAGAUACAUUUCCACCCAAACGAUGAUGAAGUUCUACUACAAAAUGAUAAAGUUUUGUUUAUUUCACCUAUUCAUGGGAAGAAAAAACCUCGACUUGCAAUAUCAAGUGGUCUUGAUGAAGAUGAUAACACCCUCCCAGAUCCUGAAACUCAUAAGAAGGAUGGUAGGUCCCUUAGUCAGGCCUUUGAGAUUACAAAAGCAAGGCUUGAGAAGAUAGCAAAACGAUCAAAAUCAGGGUCAAAGGCAUCUGACUGGUCGCUAGGACCCAAAGAAUGCAUAUUAAUGCUUGGAUGGCGCCCUGAUGUAGUGGAAAUGAUUAAAGAAUAUGACAACUAUCUAGGCCCUGGAAGCGUAUUGGAAGUCUUGUCAGAUGUGCCACUGGAUGACAGAAAUAAGGCUAGCAAACUUGCCGGCCAAGGGAAACUAAAACAUGUCCGAGUCUCUCACAGGAUUGGAAACCCAAUGGACUAUGACACUCUAAAGGAUACCAUCACAAACAUUUGGAAAUCUUUUAAGAAAGAUGAAGAUAUUCCCUUUUCCAUUGUUGUAAUAUCAGAUAGAGAGUGGCUACUUGGAGAGCCAGCCAAGGCAGACAAGCAUUCUGCAUAUUCUCUCCUUCUUGCUGAAACUAUCUGCAACAAGUUUGGAGUAAAUGUACAUAACCUAGUUGCAGAAAUUGUUGACUCAAAAUUGGGGAAACAGAUUACAAGAAUCAAGCCAUCCCUCACUUAUAUUGCAGCGGAAGAAGUAAUGAGCCUUGUAACAGCUCAAGUGGCAGAAAACAAUGAAUUGAAUGAGGUUUGGAAGGAUAUUCUGAAUGCUGAGGGAGAUGAAAUAUACGUCAAGGAUAUUAGUCUCUACAUGCAAAGGGGGGAGAACCCCUCAUUUGCGGAGCUUGCUGAAAGAGCCAACUUGCGGGGAGAAGUUGCCAUUGGCUACAUGAAAAACAACAAGAAGGUUAUCAACCCAGUUCCCAAGUCAGAACCGUUAUCUCUUCAAUUGAUUGAUCAUCUAAUUGUGAUAUCUGAAAUGGAAGGAGAACAACCUAUUGCUUUGUCAUAAAAGGGAAAAUCACUGAAAAAGUUCCGCUUGCUCCUUUUUCUGAUUCUAUGAGCUGGGGCAUCAUUGCUAACAUUACUUGCAAAUUUUGAAUGUUACACAGUUUUUGUCAGGAUCCAUGCAAAAAAGGCUACACGUAAGACAAUAUUUUUUCUAAGGAUAGUUGUAAUGCUGGCCAUGGUACAUUCUCAUCCUUAACCAUUGGCUGCCUCUGGCUCAAUUUGCAUGUAAUUGUUACUGUUAUUUAUUGGCUGCCUCAUGGAAGGCUUGUUAAAUUGAUAUUUGUCUUUAAUUCAUUAUUAUUGGUGUUA